CCCGGCCGCCGGGGGCAGCGCGAUCCUGCGGGGCCCUGUGAGCUCCCAGCGCCGCGGCACCAUGUUGCUGGUUGAGAAGACUACAGACUCCCCGGCGGCAGAGUUCUCGCUGGUGGAGGACGUGGCCCUGCACUUCGCCUGCUUGAUGGGCCGCCUGAAUGAGCAGCGCCUCUUCCAGCCGGACCUGUGUGACGUGGACCUGGUGCUGGUGCCCCAGCGUAGCGUGUUCCCCGCGCACAAGGGGGUGCUGGCUGCUUACAGUCAGUUCUUCCAUUCGCUCUUCACGCAGAACAAGCAGCUGCAGCGGGUCGAGCUGUCUCUCGAGGCGCUGGCGCCCAGUGGCCUGCAGCAGAUCCUGAACUUCAUAUAUACGUCUAAGCUGCUGGUGAACGCGGCCAACGUGCACGAGGUACUCAGCGCGGCCUCGCUGCUGCAGAUGGCGGACAUCGCAGCCUCCUGCCAGGAGCUGCUGGACGCUCGGUCCCUGGCGCCCCCGGGCCCUGUGGCCCUGGCGCAGCCAGCUGCCAGCUGUGCCCCAGUGCCUCCGCCGCCCUACUACUGUGACAUCAAGCAGGAGGCAGAUACCCCCGGCCUACCGAAGAUCUACGCCCGAGAAGGCCCUGACCCCUACUCUGUGCGCGUGGAGGACGGGGCAGGGACCACUGGGGACUCUGCUGCUCCAGGGCCAGCACAGCCACUGCUCUUCAAGGAGGAAAAGGAAGGGACCCCUGAGGAGGCCGAGCCGCCUGGUAGCCUGUGCAAGCUAGAAAGUGGAGAGGGACUAGAGCGGGAAUUGGGUGCCUCGGGCACCUAUGGGCGCCAGGAGCAGUCUCAAAUCAUUGUGGAGGUGAACCUCAAUAACCAAACCCUGCAUGUGUCCACUGGGCCUGAGGGCAAACCGGGCUCUGGGGCCACCGUGGUGCUGGGCCAGGAGGAUGGGAUGCAGGAACAUUCAGAAGAAGAGGAGGAAGGAGGAGGUAGUGGAGGGGGAGAGGAGGAGGAGGAAGAGGAGGAGGAAGAAGAGGAAGGCAGCCAGGGAGAGGAGGAAGAUGAGGAAGGGCCCAGUGCGCAGGAGGAUGACGACGAAGCAGAUGGGCCCAGUGAGCAGGAUGCAGAGAGUUCGGAGGAGGAGGGGGAGACUGAGAGCAGGCAGGACCCUGCGGGUCCAGCAGGGUGUCAAGGUGGCCAGGUGGACCCUCCGCUGCACAGCAGAAUGUCCACACGGUCCCGGGGGCAAAACGCUCAGCGCCGAGCUACCCCCGAGCCUGAGGAGGCUGGGCGCAGAGGCGGGAAGAAGCCCAAGGCCUCGGGAGCUGUUCCUGCCACCCAGGCAGCCGACGGACUGGGGGCCAAGGUGAAGCUGGAGGAGAAACAGCAGCACCCGUGCCAGAAGUGCCCCCGGGUCUUCAACAACCGCUGGUACCUGGAGAAGCACAUGAACGUGACGCACAGUCGCAUGCAGAUCUGCGGCCAGUGCGGGAAACGCUUCCUGCUGGAGAGUGAGCUGCAGCUGCAUCGGCAGACGGACUGUGAGCGCAACAUCCAGUGCGUAACGUGUGGCAAAGCCUUCAAGAAGCUCUGGUCCCUGCAUGAGCACAACAAGAUCGUGCACGGCUACGCGGAGAAGAAGUUCUCCUGCGAGAUCUGCGAGAAGAAGUUCUACACCAUGGCGCAUGUGCGCAAACACAUGGUUGCCCACACCAAGGACAUGCCCUUCACCUGUGAGACCUGUGGGAAGUCCUUCAAGCGCAGUAUGUCUCUCAAGGUGCACUCGCUGCAGCAUUCUGGGGAGAAGCCUUUCCGCUGUGAGAACUGCAAUGAACGCUUCCAGUACAAGUACCAGCUGCGCUCACACAUGAGCAUCCACAUCGGUCACAAGCAGUUCAUGUGCCAGUGGUGCGGCAAGGACUUCAACAUGAAGCAGUACUUCGACGAGCACAUGAAGACACACACAGGGGAGAAGCCAUACAUCUGUGAGAUCUGUGGCAAGAGCUUCACCAGCCGGCCCAACAUGAAGCGGCACCGGCGCACGCACACGGGAGAGAAGCCCUACCCGUGCGACGUGUGUGGCCAGCGCUUCCGCUUCUCCAACAUGCUGAAGGCACACAAGGAGAAAUGUUUCCGUGUCAGCCACCCACUGCCCAGCGACCCCGCCACCCUGCCCACCGCACACCUGCAGCCUACAGCCCCUCUCUUCCCCACUGCAGCUCCCAGGCUGGACACCAACUGACACCCAGCACAGUCCCUCCUGGCCAGGGACAGCAGAAACACAGGCUGGGGGCUGUGCUGCGGCUGGAUACCCCUGGUACAUGCUGGGAGCCCCCUUCUGCAGCUCUUUGCAAGUUCUACUCCUUAUCUUUGGGAGUAAAGGAACAGAGGGGGACUGGUUGGCCACACCCCUCCAGGUGAGGGGUGCUAGAGGCAGCAGAUGCAGGCCAGGAGCCAGGCAGGGCCUGGGUCAGCCUCACCUGCUCACCCCAGCUUCCCUGUGCCCCUAACUUACUCCCUAGAAUGGGAGGUUUUGGGGAGAAUUUGGGUGCACCCCUGUUGAAGGAGUUGUAGACCAGACCCCCCCAGGAGGCCUGUAGCCAGGGAGGCCUGGCAGGGUAGGGGAGAGGCAGGAGAUAAAGGCUGCAGACCCCCUCUGUGUGGUACAGAGUGGAGCAGGUGGGGGCUGGCCCCCAUGGGUUCCUUUUCCUAGUCACAUCCCUGCCAGGCAGGUUCAGGGAUCCUCAGCCUGUGCUGGACUUUUAAAGAGCCCCAAAUCCUGGAAGGAACCUCCCCAGGUGCUGGGGACCAAGCCUUCAGGGGAUGGAGAAGCUAAAUCCCCAGCCCCAGCUUCCAGGGGUCCUGCAGGAGAAUGAGAUGCCAGGGGUGGGCCCCCCAGGAGCCUCAGGCAAGCAGUUCAGGGUUUCAAGGUGCUAUCUGUGGGUCAAGGGACAGGGAGCUGUCCACAGGGCACCCCUGUCCCUUACCAGCCUGCCUGGCUGGACUCUCCCACCAGGAGACACAUGCAUCUGUGUCUGCUCCCCAGAGGCCCACAUGAGGCCUCUCUUCUCCUGGGGCCUCUGGCUGGCUCCUGGUCCCUCCUGCACUCGGCACUGUCUGGUGUGCUGCAGUUCAGCCAGGGAGAGAAGCCAGUGGGAGCAGGGAGCUCAGCCAGUGCCCAGUGCUUGCCCUUGUGAGGCAGGCACUAAUAGGUGACCCUUCUCUGUUGUCAUUUAAUGUCCUUAUUCCUGCGUUUGGAUGGGAGAGAGUUUCCAUAAGCUGCGGUUCCUCGUCCCGAUCUCCCUCUGUUCAUAAGCUUCUGUUCCUUACACUCUGCACCUUAUCCUCCCCAUCACCGCCUUCCCUUCCCAGCAUGGGCGCACUGGGAAGAGGCCUGUGCCCGCCGGUCACCGGCGGAGGGUGCCACACCCCUCCGACCUCAGAGGCCCAUGGCAUUGGGACAGAGGGCUGGGGACAUUUUAAUCAUCAAUAAACGAAGCACUUUAUUCUGUACAGGUGUGGGCAGGCCCAAGGCACCCUCCUGAUUCUGCUCUCUGGGCUAGGAAGGUCUGAGUGGUCAGGCUCCCCGUGUAGGCACUGUUCCCCCAGCCUGGAGAGUCGGGCUGCAAGCGUAGCCUCUGGUCUCUCUGUGUCCUCGGGGCAGACAGGUAGGGACCCCACCCGGGUGAAGUCUCCGGCCUCACUGCCCAAGGUCGGGGCUUCCAGCUCCUUUAGUUUAGCUGUUCUUCCCUUUGAUCUCUGGGCUUCCACGAUGUCCUCAGGGACCCCUUUCCUGCCCCUCACUAUUUCUAACCUUUGGCCCCAGUGCCUGGCAGUUCUGCAGAGCUGGCUCACAUUUUCAAAGAAGAAAAAAAGCUGACCACCUCAAGGGGUCCCCACCCUUCUUGUCAGUUGCUGGCCUUGUGGCCUUCAUCGGGCUAGGACCCAGGUCUGUCUGUCCAUUCUUCAGGAAGCAGCAAUCUGAAGGGUAGGGAUUGGGAAUGAAGCCCUGUCCCAGGAGUUGAGUUUCCCACACCCUUCCCCCUUCCCCAGGGGGCCAGACAGGUCCUGGGUACUGAGUGAUGGUUGCCGUGCAGAAGGUGGACACAGCCCUCUGUCCCCUAGGCUGCUGUGUGCCUGGUGCUACACACAUCACCCUACCCAUGUGGGGUUCCCUGUGCUUCUUGAUGCCAUAGAAUUGGGGUUCAUGUCUAGCCAGCUUCUACACUUUUAAAAAGAUGGCCAAGUCACUGAACGUUGGCAUGAAGGAACUGGAGCAGGAUGGGAACUUCCAAGGCCCACCCAAGAGACAACCUUGGCAACCAUCACUUCUGGGAACAUUUGCUGGGGCUCUUGCCCAGCUGGACUUGGUAGGUCUAGUCCUGGGCCUGCUUCUCUGAAGUGAUACAAGACACUCUGGUCUUGGAGCAGUUGAUAGGGCGUCUCCAUGGAGACCUGGUGUGGUCUGAACCCAGGGAUGACCACCUCCAUGUCCCCUCACAGGUCUAGGUGGUGCAAAGGCUAGACAGGUGUGUAGAGCUUUGAAGUCUGGUUGUAUAUGACACCUCAUGGUCCCAGGGUGGGGACAGUAGGCAUUCAAGGGGGAUCAAAGGGGAAUAAAUUCAGUAGUGCUCCUGGCCUUUGGCCCAGCCUCUUC